GCACCUUCCUCAAUCUACGUUCUCAAAUAUUCGUCCGGCCCGUCGAAAACGCAGUAUCACACCUACAUCCCCGCGCCAAGAAGAUCUGCCCGCAUAUCGAUUGCUAUCCGUACCUGACCUUACCCGAUUGAGUAACAGCGUGUCGGAGCUGUGAACAAAUUCUAGUCGUCACUGCCCCUAGCAAACCAAUUGCUAUCGCUCAGGAGCCCCUUGUGGCUGGGGCUCGGUAACACAUCAAGCUGCUGCUUGUCACCUAAUUCACCAUCACACUCUUCACAUGGACCAGUCAUACGCCCCUCGGUCACCCGAACUGUCCGGAUACGCGCCUCGCUCUCCAGACUUGGCCGCCUACCGACCUGUCUCUCCUCAAUGCCAGGAUCUGUACGCUCCUCAAUCGCCUGAUCUUUCCGGCUUGCAACAACCUCAGCAAGCCUACGUGCAGCAAACACCUGUUCUGCCUAGCUUUGGUUCAGAUCAGUACCAACAACAACCACUACAGCAGCACAUUCCGCAAACAUAUCCCCCUCAGCAGCCAGGUUACACACUAGCUCAUCAUUCUCCCUCGCAAUCCUUCCAGUCCGAUCCGUAUCAACAACAAUUCGCUUUCGGAGCUCAACAGCCUGCCUACCCGCAACAGUACUCUUCAUACCCCGAGAUGCCUGUCCAGACCCGUAACAGGGGUGUGCGCUCGGCCGCCGAGGUUGGAAGCUACAACUAUGACAAUGGCGCUGUUAAGGAGGAGGAACCGGCCUGGGAACCACAACAACCGGCAGCACCCACACCCGCUCGCCGUGGCAGAAAGCCGAAAAGCGAGGCCGGUGCUGCUCCCCCGACACCGAUGAAGAAGAUGGACACUGGCGGCGUUGAAGUAAAGACAAAGUUCCCGACCGCGCGGAUAAAGCGCAUCAUGCAGGCCGACGAGGAUGUGGGUAAAGUGGCUCAAGUCACCCCAGUCGUAAUGGCCAAAGCACUUGAACUGUUUAUGAUCCGCCUAAUCUCCGCCAGCGCAGGCGUCGCAAAGGAUCGUGGCUCCAAGCGCGUCCUCUCCCAACACAUGAAGUCAGCCGUAAUGCAAGACGAACAAUUCGACAAUCUCAGAGACAUCGUAGGCAGAGUCCCAGACGCACCAGCCAAGGGAGCCAACGGCGACGACUCGGAAGAUGAAGAAAGCGCACCCAAGAAGGGCGCAGGAAGAGGAAGAAAGGCCGGCGCAGGAGCUGGCGGUGGCAGAGGAAAGAAGAGAAGGGACAGUGACGACUUCUGAUGACACACAUUUCAAGAACAGCAAAAACAGAUAGCUUGUAACGAGCGAUUUGCCCAACCCUCUUAGAGCAGGCAUAAUACUUCAUAAACGCCUGACCAAAGUUACGAUGACCUGAC